CCUCCUACCGGCAAAGCCAAGCUGCGGAAGCUGCCGUUUUGCGCGCUCCUGUCAACGAGCAGAGGUAACGGAGCAAUCCUUGACGACACUCAGCAUGGUUAUGCUACUGGCGUUUCUGCUGUUGCUGUACUAUGGAGCUGGCAACAUCCAUUGCUCAAGGGUCAAUUACGGGAACAUCACAGACAUGCUCUCGUUGCUCGACUUCAAAGCGGCUACCAACGACCCAACAGAUGCCUUAAGAUCAUGGAACAGAAGUGUCCACUACUGCAACAGAUACCCGGGGCGUGUCGCCGCUCUGCAACUGCCUGGCAAAAGCUUGUCUGGCGAGAUCACCCCCUCUCUUGGGAACUUGACGUUCCUUAAGAUCCUUGAUUUGUCCUCCAAUGGCUUCUCAGGCCAGUUAACUCCCCUCAACCAGCUCCAUGAGCUAGUCAUCCUUGACCUCAGCACCAAUUCGUUCCAGGGGAUAAUUCCCGACUCACUCACAAACUGUUCAAACCUAAAGCUCCUUAAUUUGUCUUCCAACGGCUUCUCGGGCCAGUUAACUCCUCUGAACCAGCUCCGUGAGCUGGUGGACCUAGCCCUCCGCAACAAUUCAUUCCAGGGGAUAAUCCCUGACUCACUCAUGAAUUGCUCAAACCUGCAAGUGAUGGAUCUUUCUAGAAACAUGCUAGCAGGCCCAAUCCCCACCAAAAUUGGUUCGCUCUACAAUCUAAUUGGUAUGGAUCUUUCUAAGAAUAAUCUCACCGGGGUCAUCCCGCCAAGCAUUGGCAACGCCACCCACCUUCAAACGCUCGUUCUUCAAGAAAAUGGACUAGGGGGGAGCAUUCCUGAUAUGUUUGGAAAAUUGUCAGACAUGAUCGGCUUUAGCGUAGGUGCAAAUAGCCUUUCGGGUAGAAUACCACCUUCAGUCUUUAAUUUGACUUCUCUCCAAACACUAGGCCUGUAUGCAAAUAAGCUACAAGGGGAAUUGCCGCUUGAUAAGUGCCACCCUCCCUGAAAUUAUUGUUUUUACGCUAGGCCAGAACAUGCUUCAAGGGCACAUCCCACCUUCGCUAGGCAACGCUUCAGGGCUACAAGUGAUAGAUUUAUCAUCUAACAAUUUCAUUGGAGAAAUUCCUAGUUUUGGAAAGCUACUAAACCUUGAGUACUUAAACCUUGGGCAUAGUAUGCUUGAAUCAAGUGAAAGCCAAAGAUGGGAAUCCUUGUAUGGACUAACAAACUGUAGUAAUCUGUUUAUGCUGUCAUUAGAUAAUAAUCAGCUGCAAGGAGCCAUACCGGAUUUGGUCGGUAAGUUGUCCACUCACCUUACAAGUCUACACCUGAGUGGAAACAACCUAUCAGGAAUUGUUCCUUCAAGCCUAGCAAACCUGACUAGCAUAAUCGAUUUGGAUCUUAGCAACAACAGUUUAACUGGUACAAUUGAAGGAUGGUUAGGGAGUCUCAAAAACUUACAAUCUUUAGAUCUUCAUGGAAAUAAUUUCGUCGGGUUCAUCCCACCAUCUUUUGGCAACCUUUCAGAACUAACUAUACUUUCUUUAGCACAAAAUGAAUUUAAAGGUCACAUACCUUCCACAUUGGGAAAACUUUCACAACUUUCAAGGCUGGACCUUAGCUAUAAUAAUCUGCAAGGUGACAUACGUCCAGAAAUUAGUGAGCUUAAACAACUCAUUGCACUAUAUCUCUCUUCUAGUAGACUUUCGGGAAAAAUUCCAGAUGAUCUGGGCAAGUGUCAGGGCCUCGUAACCAUCCAAAUGAACCACAAUAAUCUCACAGGUGUCAUUCCAACCUCUUUGGGCAACCUUUUGAGCUUGGAGAUGCUCAACCUGUCCUAUAAUGAUUUAUCAGGUGUCAUCCCAACAGUUCUAAGUGACCUUCAACUUCUUAGCAAGUUAGACCUAUCUUAUAAUCGUCUCCAAGGAGCAAUCCCAAGAAACGGAGUGUUUGAGCACCCCGCAAACGUUUCACUUGAUGGCAACCAGGGACUUUGUGGACGGGCAACCGGUUUCCAUGUGCCCUCAUGCCCAGAUGCCUCGCCAAGAACAGGAAGACACUAUCGUUUGAUUACAGUGUUGAUCCCAAUAAUUGGCUUCCUGUCGCUGGCACUGUUGACUUGCUUUAUAAUCCAUGAGAAGAUACCACAAGCAACAUUUUCAUUGUUGCCUUCUCUCGGGGAGAAAUUCCCUAGAGUUUCUUACUGGGAUCUAGCUCGAGCGACAGGCAACUUCUCUGAGAUUAACUUGAUUGGCGAAGGAAGUUACAGUUCAGUGUACAAAGGAAAGUUGAAACAAGUUAAAACGGAAAUAGCAGUCAAGAUACUUGACCUUGACAUUCCAGGUGCCGAAGGAAGUUUUGCAUUAGAAUGCAAAGCGUUGAGAGGCAUUCGUCACAGAAACAUUGUUCCUCUCAUAACUGAAUGCUCUGCGAUUGACAGCAAAGGCAAUGCUUUCAGAGCUCUAAUCUAUGUUUUCAUGCCCAAUGGGAACUUGGACACUUGGUUGCAUCAUCAAGAGAAUCAGGCAGCCGGAAGGCAUUUAGGCCUAGCUGAAAGAAUAAGCAUAGCUACUAACAUAGCAGAUGCAUUGGACUAUUUGCAUCAUGAUAGCGGGAGGCCCAUCAUCCAUUGUGAUCUGAAGCCCAGUAACGUACUCCUAGAGGCACAUGAUUUAAGGUCUGCGGAACGUUUCCUGUACGGGCUGGCGAUUCGGGAGGCGAUUGUG